GAAAUGCCGCUGCAUAGUCUUUCAUGGUUUUCUAAAGCUAUAUCUAUUAUAUUUUUUACACUGUGUGCGUACAUUGGAUACAUUCGAGCGGACUUACCCAUUCAUGCCCUUCCGAGUGAUGUACUUGGCCUUUGGCGCAUCUACGAGACUGGUAGUUUCCAUGAGAAGCCUCAAUCUUGUGGCGGCUCUUUGCCCAAUCGCAAUGUGGAUAACUUGAAGUUAGGUGACUAUAGAGCCUAUUUAGAGAAUCACUAUGGAAAGUUGAAUGAGACUGUCAUCGAGUUGGUUGAUGAACGUUACCACCGUCGUAGCGAGGCUCCUCCACGCAACCAAUGGCUUUACUUGGGUGUUAGAAACCCUAAGGAAGGCCAGGGUGUCAUUGGGAAGUGGACCAUGGUAUAUGACGAAGGUUUAGACAUUGAACUUGGUACAACGCAUUAUUUUGGUUUCUUUAAAUAUAAUAAGAUCAACAGUUCAUCAUGUCCAAUGAUUAUGGAAGGAUCGCAGGAGGAUUCGCAAGGCAGAGUGGCUUGUUACAGGACAAAGGCAUCUGAAAUAGGCAUUGGUUGGGCUAGUCGUAAGAUUAUUAAUAAUGGUCGUAUAACUUAUUUAUACGGUUGUUUUUAUGCGGAGAAGAUAAAGAAGGAUGAACGUCAUUCUUACGUCCUUGAUGCAACUGCUGCUGCCACUCCUUCAAAGAGUAAACCUAGUUCAAAUAUGUGGGUCAAGAAGGAGUAUUCUCAAUUUACUGAUCUAUCCCCUUAUCGUUUUCUGCAGCUUCACAAGGGCGUUUCCUACAGAAGCAUUCAUCAUUGUCACAUGAACAAGCCUGCUAUGGACACUAAUAGUGCUUUGCCACGAUUUUUGCAGGAAGACAAAUAUCAUCUGUAUGCUUGUGAGCAUGCAAGGAAUUCCGGUGAUUACUAUAGCAAUUUAGCUCUACCUCGCCAAUGGUCUUGGGGUGAUGCAUUCAAUGGUGAUGCUGAUAAUUUCCAAACUUUCGGUCAAGGCCAAUGUGGUAGUUGUUACGCCAUGGCAGGUAUAUAUGUACUGACUAAGCGCAUAGAGAUCAUGAUGAAGAAGCUUUAUCCUGGCAUUGACUUUGGAGAGGUAUCAAUACCUUCGGUACAGGACAUGUUAGAAUGUUCUCCUUUUAACCAAGGAUGUUAUGGCGGCUUUCCAUUCCUCGUUGGGAAGCAUUUAACUGAAUUUGGUGUCCUUUCUGAAGAUAAAUCGCCUUAUAGGAUGUCAAAUGGCGGCGCAGUUGAUACCUGUUCAGUUGAUGUAUUAGACCCUUCUGAGCGUUGGUAUGCCUCUGGGUAUGGCUACGUAGGUGGCUGUUAUGAGUGUACUUCGGAGUUAGAGAUUAUGCGUGAAGUAUACCACAACGGACCGGUAGCUGUUGCUCUAGAUGCUCCUCAGAGUCUGUUCCAGUACAGUUCAGGGAUAUAUGAUGAUAAUCCUAGUAAUCACGGUGCCACUUGCGACCUACCUCAUUCCGGCUUAAAUGGUUGGGAGUACACUAACCACGCUAUCGCAAUCGUCGGUUGGGGUGAGGACGAGAUUGAUGGAAUCAUUACUAAAUACUGGAUAUGUAAAAAUACUUGGGGUAAUGAUUGGGGCGUUGGUGGAUUUUUCAAAAUUAAGCGUGGAGUUAACCAGUGUGGUAUAGAAACUCAAGCUGUUUACAUCGACCCCGAUCUAACUCGUGGCAUUGCAGCUGCUCUAAUUCACGGCGGAGCGGCAUAGUUAAU